AUGGCGAUAUCUCUCUGCAGGCCAGAGUCUGAUGCUGGAGAAUACAAAUGUACAUAUUAUCUCAAUACUACCACUGAUAAUACUUAUAUUAUACCAAGUGAUGUCAGGGGAGGAGUCACUAAUGUAACAAUUAAAAUUCCUAAUGGUGUCAAUCCAUCAAUAACUCAGUUUAGUUCAUAUUAUAGUGUUGGUGAUAGCAUUGAUCUUGUUUGUUCUGUCACUUAUCCUUACUCUCCUCUUAUUGGUAUUGCUACUAAUAUGAACAUGCAAUGGCUCAAUUCCUCUAAUCACAUUCUACACUCAUAUACUGGUAUCAAUAAUAAUACUGAACACACUAUCAGUUACACUAUCAAUAAUGUGUCAUUAUCUGAUGCUGGAGAAUAUACUUGCCAGUAUUAUAUAUCAAGUAUUAGUAAUUCAUUUGUUCUACCCAGUGAUAACAGGACAUCUUCAAUUAAUGUUUCCAUUAAAAUUCCUAAUGAGGAGACUCCAGUAAUUCCUCAUCAGUCUGUCCAUGAUGCUGGAAAUGACAUUACCCUCUCGUGUUCUGUUACUUAUCCAUACUCCUCCUACAUUGAUGUCAAUACUAGUUUAACUUUACAAUGGUUCAAUUCAUCUAAUGACACUCUUAACUCCAGUACCAUUAUCAAUGAUAAUAAUGGACACACUCUUAACUACACUAUUAGUAAUGCAAGACUAUCUGAUGCUGGAAAAUAUACUUGUUCCUUUUCUGUUAAUACCAGUGCCCCUUAUAUAGUUGCAAGCAAUACUACUGGAAGUUUUAUCCUCAUUAAUAUAACAAUACCAAAUUACGUCACUUCAGAUAUACUUGUCCAUCCUUCCAAAUCCUACUAUAAUGUUAAUGAUAGCAUUACUCUCUCUUGCAUUAUCCAUUAUACUACUAAUCACCUUAUUGAUGUUAAUACUACUGUCAACAUACAAUGGCUCAAUGAUAGUCUGAACUCAUAUAGAUCUGGACUCAAUGAUCAAGACCAACACACUUUUAAUUACACUAUCAGCAGUUUGAAGCUAUCUCAAGCUGGAAACUAUACUUGCUCUUACUUUAUUAGUGCACUAAUGAACAUUAAUAUUAUACGCAGUGAAGCAAAUGACAAUUCCACAAGUAUUAGAGCUAAAAUUCCUAAUGGUGAAAACCCCUUAGUUACUCAGUUAGAGUCCUAUUAUAGAGUUGGUGACAAUAUUACUCUAACUUGCUCUGCCACUUAUUCUUCUUAUAUUGCUACUAAUAUGAACAUGCAAUGGCUCAAUUCCUCUAAUCACACUCUGCACUCAUAUACUGGUAUCAAUACCAAUUCCAAACACACUAUCAGUUACACUAUCAAUAAUGUAUCAUUAUCUGAUGCUGGAGAAUAUACUUGCCAGUUUAAUAUAAGUUCUAAUAAUUCAUUUAUUCUACCCAGUGAUUAUGUGAAUGAUUCAAUUAAAGUUUUUAUCAAAAUUCCUAAUGACAAGAUCCCAGUAAUUAAUCUCAUUCCUCAUCAGCCUGUGUAUGAUACUGGUAGUAACAUUACCCUCUCAUGUUCUGUCACUUAUCCAUACUCCUUCUACAUUGACGUUGAUACUAAUUUAACUCUACAAUGGUUCAAUUCAUCUAAUGACAAUCUUAACUCCAGUACCAUUAUCAAUGAUAAUAAUGAACACACUCUUACCUACACUAUUAGUAAUGCAAGACUAUCUGAUGCUGGACAAUAUACUUGUUUCUUUUUUGUUAAUGCAACAGUGAACAAUGAUGUCAUACACAGUGAAACAACUUCUAGUGUUACCAAUAUUACUAUUAUGCUUCCUAGAGGUACAAUUCCUUCUAUAACUAUUAGUCAAAAUGAUCCUCUAUUUGGUGUUGGUAGCAAUGCUAUCUUGAGCUGUUCAGUUUACUAUGCCUACUCCUCAUUCAUUGAUGUUGAUACAACAGUAUACAUUGAAUGGAAGCAUAAUGGAGUGUCAUUAGAAUCAAAAUCAACUGAAAAUACAUUCUCUAAUGUCAGCUUUGACUAUCGUUUGAGUGAUGUCAAUAAUGAAGAGUAUACUUGUGAAUCAUACCUCAGUGCUACUGAUGGUAACCCAUUUAUUAUAAACAGUAAUAAAACUAACAGUACAACUAUUGUUACAGAAGCCUUAGCUGUACCAGUUGUGGUUGGUUUUAUAUUCUUUGGAAUUAUUCUUUUAGUAAUAAUUGGU